UGUUUGCGGUCGGAGGUUGUAGACAGAGAAGAAAGUAGUACUUGUAGCUUGUCAUUUAAUAGCUGCUCAAAGUUUCCAUGACUUGCUGUAGCGCAGCUGUAAUGGCCUGAACAAAACUACAAUAUUCCUUGAGCUUAAAAGAAGACUCAGAAGGUAUUUUCCUAACGCAGCCAGCUCGUCACGUACUGGAGAAACAAUGUCCAACCGUCUCGCUUUCCAGACUCAGCUGGCCUCCAUCAUGGAGGUCCUUGCUAAUGCAGCGGUAGCAGAGAUCUGUAAGCUAGUGGACGACGACUAUGCUGUGGUGAGUUUGCAGAUGUCUCAGUGCCAGAGGGAGAACAAAGCCCUGAAGAGGAAGCUGCAUCUGUUGGAGCUUAAGAUGGCUCGGGGAAACGCGGAGAGGAGACUCCGGGAGAGCGCCCUGAGCAGCAACGUUAGCAGAGCCAGGGUUCAGAUCAACAACGACAGGCUCCGACAGCACCAGUCUGCUCCCGGUGGUGUGUUUGAGCGACAGUUGGAUGUGCCUCUGUGGUCUGGCAGAGCUGCUGCAGGGGACACGACCAGUGAACCCAUCCAUUGUGACAACAUCCAGAGUAAAUCACCAGAUGUGGAGUUGGUGGAACCGGAGGCACUGCUGGUGAAGGAGGAGAAGGUGGAGGCUAAUAUGUCACAACAUGAAGAAAUGGAAGAUGAUGACGUGCCACUCAUAAGAGAUGAUGGAGUGGUGGAGUGUGUUCCCCAUGGAGCUGCAAGACAGAGACCCAGCCCUGAACAGCCGGACACUCAAUCCCCCUCCAGCCAGUCCCAGAGCAACAAGUUGAGGCACAGCGGCGGCAGCAGAGGAGUGGAGAGAGUGGAGGAACCAGACAUGGUGCUGGUGAAGGUGGAGGAGGUAGAGCUAGUGACGGGAGCCCAGAGCCAGCCAGGCCUCAGCAUACAGGAGGGGUUAGUGGAGUCCAGCACAGAUGACUACAGAGGAGUGCUACCAUUUGAUGAAACCACACAAACCUCCACCAAUCAGCUAUCUGAUCUGCAGGACUGUGGGCAGGUCUUCUCAGAGGUCAGCUAUGGCCAUCCUUCACUGUGGACUAAUGGGGGGGAUAUUUAUUGUCAUGAUGACAGCCUCCCAGGGCCAUCCUCGCACUGCGCCCCCCUUUCAUACCUACCCAGCACAGUCAUUGGUGCAGAGCCUGGUAGCUCUGGGAGGGGAUUGGCUGUUGAGAAUUCACCUGUUGAAAACUCUAGAGGCUUCCAUACCUCUGUGUCCUUUCCACAGGCUCCUGUUAUCGAUCUGUCAGAGGAGUCCAGCCCCAUUCAGUUGUCAGGUCAAAUGCAGAUGGUGCAGCUCUCAGGCUCAGGGCCCCAACAGUUUGUGGACCACGGUCAAAGUCAGGGCCAGAGCAGUUAUAUCAAAGCUGACACGCAGCAGAAAAUCCCCAGGAAGAGGGUUUGCAUCUGUAGGUUCUGUGGGAAAGGCUUCAGCUCUCCGGCAAAUUUAGAAUCCCACCUCAGGACUCACACUGGUGAGAGGCCGUAUGGCUGUAGCAUCUGUGGCAAAAAGUUCUCCCAGUUCUGGAACCUGAAGAUCCAUCGCAACAUUCACACAGGGGAGAGACCGUAUGCAUGCUCACUAUGCCCAGAGAGGUUUUCUGACCCCAGCAACCUGAAAAAACAUGAAAAAAGACACCACCCACAAAUGCAAUCUGCAGCACCACAGUCGACCCACCGGAUAUCAGAAGACUUCAGCAGUAGAGUGGCAGUCCAGAUGAGGGUACCAGACACCAACACACCAGCCAGCUCCAACACACAACUACAACAACAACAGCAACAACAGAGAUCCACCAAAAGCAAUCAGCUCAGUUCUGAAUACUCCCUGUUUGAACUGGAGACCUUUUUCACUCGCUGGGCCCCUGAUAAUGACUCAGCUGUGGCCCCUAUUGCUACUUCAUGUUCUUUCACCUCUGAUGACUCUGCAGAGUGUGACCAGAAUGGAGUUAUUAUCGUAGACACUCAGCUGCAACCUCAACAUGUGCUCCAAUCACCACAGGGUUCAGCCUCUUCAGCAUUGAGAAGUGGAGGGCAGAGCAGCCAGGGAUUCCCCUCAGUGUCCAGCACUCCCAGAGUUGACAUUCAGCAGACUGUCUCACAUACCUUGCCAUCUGUGUCUAUUCCAGCGCGGACGCAGGCUCCGUCUUCCCAGCUUCCAUGGAGCAGAACACCAGCCAUAAUAAGAAGCACACAGGCACAGCUGGUGCAUCGUAACAGCAAUAGGAUCUCCCAGCAACAAACUAACAUUCACUCUGUACAACCCACACUGUCUACCACCAUAGCUGCUGUUAGUAAUACUAACAGUGCUGAUAAAACAGGUAUGUCUAGUAUCAGUUCAACCAGUAGGGCAAUGAGCUCCACUGUGGCUCCUCACUCCUCAGCAGUAUUGGCAAGCAUUGAUGUGGCCAUUGCUUCACAACAUCGAGCCAGCCUCCUGGCUCACCACAACAAAAACCAAGCUUCCAGCAUGGUACCCAAUGAUCGCCGCAGGAAGAGUUAUAUAUGUCGAGCCUGUGGCAAGGCUUUCUCUGGUCUGUCCAAUCUGGAGGCCCAUGAGAGAGUCCACACAGGGGAGAAACCUUUCCGUUGUGACACCUGUGGGAAACGCUUCUCAGAGGCUGGGAACCUGAAGAAGCACCAGAGAGUUCACACCGGGGAAAAACCGUUCAGCUGCGACCAGUGUGGUAAAAGGUUUGCUUGGAUCUGCAAUCUGAGGACGCACCAGCAGUCUGCCACAGGCUGCGGACAACAGACCCGGGGAGGGUUAGGACUGGGCUGAUCAGUGG